UGAUGGUGCUUUCUAGAAGUUGCUAGUGGACCACAUCUCUUGGAGGUAUGACCCGAGGUUAAAACUAAACCAAAGAUCAUCUGAUCACCCUCAGAAGGGUUUGGUGGCCUACGGUGGCACAAUCCCAGGCCACAAACCAGAGUCUUAGAAGACGGACGGAGAGAAGCCAUCCAGCACAGAACCCUUUGGUCACCAACAAAGCCAGCCUCUGAUGGGACCCUAAGGCUUGGAGACCACCCGCAUUGUAUGACAAGUACCGUUCAGGAGUCAUGGAGACGGCAGUGAUUGGGGUGGUGGCAGUGCUGUUUGUCAUCACCGUGGCCAUCACCUGCGUCCUCUGCUACUUUAGCUAUGACUCAAAAACCCAAGAUCCAGAGAGGGGUCCCGGACGCAGCUUCACUGUGGCCACAUUUCACCACCAGGAGGCGUCGCUCUUCACAGGGCCUGCCCUCCAAUCCCGGCCACUGCCAGCAGCCCAGAACUUCUGGACUGUUGUGUGAGGCUGGCAAAUCCCUUGGCAUUUGUUCUGCUAGUGGGUCAGGCUCAUCUACCCCUCCGAUAAGCAUUGUCUGGUGUCUCAAUCCUCCCGGGC